CGGAAGCGGCGCGGCGCUGUGGUGGCGCGCGCUCCCGGCCUCUCCCGGCGGCGCCAUGGGCUGCUGCUUCUCCCGCCGGAGGAAGCCGGGUCAGGGCGGGCAGCAACAACAACAGCAACAACAGCAACAACAACAACAACAACAACAACAACAACAACAAGCGGCGGCGGGAGGAUCCGGCCCGGAGGCGGCGGCCGGCGAGGAGAAGGCGCCGCAGUACAGUUGGGACCAGCGAGCCAAGAUUGAUCCCAAAGAUUACAUUUUUUCCGGACUUAAAGAUGAAACUGUCGGUCGACUGCCCGGAAAAGUAGCAGGGCAACAAUUUGUCAUUCAGGACUGUGAAAAUUGUAGUAUCUACCUAUUCGACCAUUCUGCUACAAUCACUGUUGAUGACUGUGUAAACUGCCGAAUCUUUUUAGGACCAAUAAAAGGCAGCGUGUUUUUCCGUGACUGCAAAGAUUGUAAAUGCAUAGUGGCCUGCCAACAGUUUCGCACUCGGGACUGCAGAAAGCUGGAGGUAUUCUUGUGCUGUGCCACCCAGCCCAUUAUCGAGUCCUCCACAGGUAUGAAAUUCGGCUGUUUCCAGUACUAUUAUCCUGAGCUUGCUUUGCAAUUUAAAGAUGCUGGACUGAGUAUCUUCAAUAACACAUGGAGCAACAUCCAUGACUUUACUCCUGUGUCAGGAGAAAAUAAUUGGGGCCUUUUGCCUGAGAAUGCUGUAGUCCAAGAUUACGUUCCUCUUCCCAGCUCUGAGGAGCUGAAAGCUGUCAGAAUUUCUACUGAUGCUACAAGGAGCAUAAUACCAAUAACUCGAGGGCGGAGACAGAAAAGCAGCGAUGAAUCAUGUUUGGCCGUGUUUUUUGCUGGUGACUACACAACUGCAAAUGCCAGGAAGUUAAUUGAUGAGAUGACUGGUAAAGGCUUUCAGCUGGUACAGACUAAAGAAGUCUCAAUGAAAGCAGAGGAUGCUCACAGAGUUUUCCAGCAGUGUGCAUCAGAAUUCAUUCCACUGCUUGAAAAAGGUCCAGUGGUUGCUUUGGAGUUCGAUGGGGAUGGUGCUGUGGAAGGAUGUCGAAGCACUGUAAAUGAUGUUUUUAGUGGGACCAAGGUUUUUGUAUCAGAGAGCAAGGCAUCAGCAUCUCAAGACGUAGACAAUUUCUACAACUUCGCUGACAUGCAGAUGGGAAUGUGAAGUUUAACGUGAAGGUGUUCACAUAUGGUUUCUCUCGGCACUUGAAGGUUACUUGGAUUGAAUAUUGCAGUAGUAUCUGAGAAGUUUUGUCAUUUGACUUUAUAUUUCUCAUAUAUCCCAUUUAUAAAGCUGUUGGUGGUUUUAAUACCAUAUUACCUGAACUGGAGUAAAUGGCACAGCUCCCCAUGUGCGUUGUGUUUGAAACUUACAUUUCAACUUCAGAAACAACGGAGGCUUUCUACUAACUCUUCACAGUGAUUUCUAAACUUCUAUUGACACUUGAAUAUUUCUUGUCAACACCUAAUGGUAAUACAUAUUUGAAAAGUGCAAUGUUGAUCCAAAUGUGAUGCAGUAGUUACUGUUAUCUUUAACUCAGACACAUUGUUUAGAAAGUGCAUUUAUGUGGAACUCGCUGUUCAGAACUUGCCCACAUGCAAAUUUGUCUUCACGGGGGACCAGGGAGGGAGCUGUAGUCGUUGACUUAUUUCUGAAAGCCUAGUCUGAAAUGAAUUCUCCUUAUAGCACGCUUUCCGAAGCAGUGCGUGACUUACAAGAUGUACAUCUGGCUUAUUCUGCUUCAGCAUAUUUUUUGAAUAAGGUUGUUUGCCGCAGCAUUUAUGCCGAGAGUUGUCGCAGCGGCAUUCUGGUGAGCGAGCACUCGCCAGGCUCUUCUGCUUUGAGGUGAAUUCUGAGCACGAGUGUUCUGCUGAAGGUGCUCUAAGGUCCACUCAGGGUCUCCGGCGUUACAGCUGCCUCUGGUAUUCCCAAGUCACAUAUGGGAUAUACACGAGGUUUCCUUGGGCUCGGAGCAGUAAUUCUCUGGCACCGUUGUUUGGUAGAAGGAGCAUACAGCAACAAGGAGUCAGAGGAGGGCUUGGAUGGUGUUAAAAAAAGCUCCUCCUCGCUAGACCCCAGGAGAAGGGUUUUUACACUCAGUAGUAGUGCUGAAGAUUUGGCUGUAAAGUACUAUACACUGCUGUAGGGCUUAUUUUGGAUUAAUUCUAAAAACAGACCGAAGAAGUGCUACUAGCAUUUUGGGAGAUGCAUUUGAAUAGUGAUCAGUAAGGAUGCUUAUUGCUAUAUAGUGCAUAUUAGAAUGCAAAUCUAGAUGGGUAUUAAAUAAAUGAUUGAUUUAUUUUUUGCAUAUUAUAUUAUUACUGAAUUUUCUACAUGAAUUUAAAGCUUAUGGCCAGGCUUACAAGCCCUGUGUAAUACUUGAACAGAUUGUGCGUGCAGAUGCACAAAACCAAAUUUCUUAAUGAAAAGUGUGGCUUGCCAGUUGAUGUAGCCUUUAGAAUCCAUUGAACGGACUGGGGCUGUGUUGAGGUGCUAAAACAAUAAUUUCGUCAUUAUGGUCAUCUGUCAAAAGGGAAGAUCUUGCGCAUCUUAACUGAAAAUGAGUCUCAACUCAUCAGUUUCACAGCUCUGGAGCUCCAAAAGUGGGUAGCUAAAAACACAUCUCUUCCUGAUUUUUUAGAAUUAGCACAUGAGAGAAUCUGUUCUCUUGAAAUUCAUAAUUCUGUCAUGCCCAAGAGAUGUUCUGAGCUGUUAUUUUGUUGCUACUAGGCAAAUGCUUGCCUUUAGUUUAAACUACAUACCUAGAAUAUGUCCUUAGGACCUCUUGCUUCAGGUUACGCGUAGAUUAACUGAGGAAGAUCAUCUCCUGAAGUCACUAAACCAUUGGUGUACUGAAGGUAAGAAGAAUGUCACUUCUGUGAAAUGUUUUGAUUUGACAAUGUGAAAUAAAAUCAGACUGCCACCAGAAUUUGACUGGUAGUGGAAAGUAACACUUAUUUGCACUUAGCCAGCCAAGACUUUUUUCAGUAAGUGUGAGGAGAGGCUGUGAAAACAGCUAAAAAUUUUAGAUUGAUCUCCAAAGUACUAGCGCAGCUCAUCAAUGUGUAUUUGCAGGAAUUAUUCUAGAUACGUAUAGUAAAUGUAUCUUUCUGAUAUGGACAGUACAUUAAAAUUGUGUAAUGUACUUCAGAUCUGUCAUUGUGUAACUUAUCAAAGCGGUGCAUAUAUAGGACCAUUGGGGUCGCUAACCUUUUACAUGUAAUAUUUGCAAAUUUAUAUGCUGAUACAUGAUUAUAUGUAUGUUUAUAGUUUUAUUUUUUUGUAUCAUCAACCUACUCUGGAAACAAAGUGCUAAAUUGGUUUUUGUGACUACUUUUGCUGGAGGACAGGAUGAUUAAAUGAAACUGAAUCUAGGCUUAAAACAGUGGGAAAACUUUAGAAAAGAGCAGAAUGUUGACUUUUUUUUUUUUUUACAUUGAUAGCCUGCUUACCAACACAAAGAGUUUUUAAUAAAAACCCCUCUAAUGAAGGAGUUUCUCAAUCCAAUAAUUUAUCUUUUGACUUCAAUUUCUUGUUACUGGGUGUUAAGAACACUUCUAGCCUAAGCAUCAGGUAUUGUAAAUGUUACAGAAGGGUACGUGCUUCAUGUAGUCUCUGUACAUUUGUUGUGUAGCUUUUUAUCUAAUUCGGAUUGUCCUGUGAACGUGAUUGAUAAUAAACAUUGAAAAUUUAAA